AUGCAACUGGACAUGCUUCAAUCAUUCGUACAAAAGGAACUAACCCCAAAACUACCCAUCACAGAUAUGGUAACCAAACCCGCCAACCCAUUACCCUUGAGACCGUAUGUAUGCUUGGACAAAGACUCGUUCAGACACGAGAGGCUGCAUUUGACCGGUUCAACUGUACUGGGGGGCAACGGAAACCCGAGACUGCGCAAUCCCAUGAUGGGUGCAAUGAAUCAAACGCGAAUGACAAGCUCUAUUUUUCGUCCGCCGCAUUUGAUCACCAAACCCGUGCUGGGCAAUCUUAAACGGAAAUAUUUCGAUCGGGAUCAAAGUGGCAAAAGGUCACGCGGAACUGGUGCAUGCGAUGGCCUGGGUUCAGACACGGAAGAGGAUAGAGCAUCAAAACCGAAACAAAUCAAACCAAAUGUGAUCCGGCCCAAUUCAGCUAUAUGUCAUCCAUCACGAGAUCGUGAAAAGUCCCUCAGUGUCCCCGUCAAAAGCACAAACAUGUGUUCGAAAUUCGUGCAACCGGAGUANGGUACUUCGAGUCGCGGGAGUUCCCAGCUGUCGGAUACCAAUUACGAUUCGCCCAAAUCGACACUCGGUUCAGACAUUCCCACUGCCUGUUCAGCCUCAGUUGAGCGACCGAGAGGAAAUUCGGACAAAGUUUGCGAACCUCUCUCUCCCAGUACACAGCCCCAGUCUGGGCUGAUAGACGAAUCUGUUCCACCGGGAGCAAUGAAUGAAGAUAACAGACCAUUGGAUUUGCGUCACUCGGAGCCACCAUGGUCGGCCACACGCUUCGGGAAACUGUCCGAAUCGAAACAACCAACACCAGUUCCACUCUUCCGAGGCUGGCCCACCAUUCCCCAUCCGAUGGCUUUGUUACGUGCCCAAAUGACCUUGAUACAAUGUCAGAAGAAUCUGAUGGAUUUUUUGCAGCGUUCGUACCGCGGUAAGUUGGGGAUGUGA